UCCAAAAUUGGUAUCGGACUCUGAAAGCGGCCUGUUGUUACCUCUCUCUCUCUCUCUCUGGAGUCUGGGUUCUCCAGCCUGAUCAGACAUACUCGGAGCAGAAGGAAAUUAAGCAAAACAGGCUGAGGGGCAACAGAAAUGGUAAUCUCCAGUUCUAAUUCCCACAACAAGGAGAUUGCCAUCAGGAAGAGGAUAGCCAGCAUAUUCAAUAAACGAGAAGAGGAUUUUCCAUCUUUGAGAGAAUACAAUGAUUAUUUGGAGGAAGUUGAAGACAUGACAUUUAACUUGAUUGAAGGAUUUGAUGUCCCUGCUAUUGAAGAAAAAAUUGCAAGGUACCAGGAAGAAAAUGCUGAACAAAUAAUGAUAAAUAGAGCUCGGAAGGCUGAAGAAUUGGCUGCAGCAUUGGCUGCAAGUAAGGCACAUCCUGCUCAGAAUGAUGCCGAUGGGGCUCAAAACCAAAGCUCUCAAAUGGGAUACAGUAUAGGUACUCAGGGACAAUAUGCACCCACAUUAGCCGGAGGGCAGCCACGGCCUACAGGAAUGGCCCCACAACCAAUUCCUCUUGGAGGGGGACCUGACAUGCUAGGUUAUGCUACUGAUGAUGAGGAAAUGAUGAAGCUCCGAGCAGAGAGAGGUGGAAGGGCUGGAGGGUGGAGUGCAGAGCUGAGCAAGAGGAGGGCCCUUGAAGAAGCAUUUGGAAGCAUCUGGAUUUCGUAGGACCAUUUUUUUUUUUUUUUUGUACUUCUAAAUCACACAAGGUCCUCCAUGUAGGGAUGCACAAUUUUCUGUCAGAUCAUGACACAUCAAUCUUAGCUAUAAAAAAUACUUUUCCUUUUUUUCUA